UGCGCAACACGCAUUUACAGGACAGGAAUACCUUUUACUGCACCUGUAGCAUUUACCCAGUUGCAAUUUUAAUAUCACGACGUUGAAUAUUACCUUUCUACUGACACAGCACAGCUCAACAGCAGAAAGUCGCCCGUGUUAUCCCACUUUUAGCCGACUGCUAGCUUGAUCCGUGCAGCAGUACGAUCAUGUUUACCUCCCAAACCUCGUCCUUCCAAGACUCAAUUGACGUGGAAGAGAGAGAUGACUAUGACAGCGAAGAAAUCGCUGGAUACAGCCAGAAGAUUCAGCUGAACUGCUACUAUACCAUCUAUCUUUAUCAGGGCACAAGAUCUGAGGCUUCUGGGGAAAAUGUGGCAUGGAACCAGAGAAGAGCAGACUCCACAACCAGUCAGGAUGACUUUAGCCUUACACUAAUAGACAGCAGCCUGCCAUCAGAGGCAGAACCGGAGCUGCGGACUUACAUUUCAAGGAGGCUGAGCAAAGGAGCCCUGCUGGGAGGCAUGGGCAACAUCGCCACGGUCGAACUCAGUAUUCCAGAGCAGGCAGUUGGCUGCUACUGUUGUCUCCUGGAGCAGGAAAGGUCUCCUGAGCAGCCCGAUGCUGAUGGAAAUGGAUAUGUCAUCUGCUUUAUGGGCGGCUCUGAGAAAGGACUGAACUUGUUUAGAUUAGAGCUGGAUAAAUAUGUCCAAGGCCUGCAUAGCAGCCUGCAAACCCCAGAGCUGCAGAACCUUGAGACAGAGGUGCGUCCCUAUCUGAGCCGGUGGUAUGAGGAAUCUGUCAUGCACAUUCAUCGUGUGGUGCAGCUGGUCCAGAGCAACAUCAGCUUCUUGCUGCACGCUGCUCUGAGUCACACACAUGUGGAGGUCAAUAAUUCAGAUGAGAGGACAAAGGCUGAUGUGUCAAGGUUCAUCAAAGCAGCCAGUCUGCAGGGCCUGUCCCAGCAAGACACAACAGCAGCUUCUCUGUGUAAGGCUAUGUCAGAGGACACACACUCUGACCUGAUCAUAGAUUGCUCCACCAGCCCACCCACACUCUCUAACAAUGUCAGUAAUCGUUUCUGUGAUGACUGGAAUCAGGCAUUUCUAAAUGCUGCAGAGCGUUGUAAUCCUUUCCUGCUCAGACAAAUUCUGGAGAACUUCAAACUUAAGGCCAUCCAGGACAUGAACAGCCUGAAGCGUUUUGUGCGGCAGGCAGAGAUGAGUCACUACGCCCUUUUUCGCUGCUGCCAGUUCCUACAGGGCUGUGGAAAUGGAGAUGUGUUGCUGCAGAAUGCCAGGGCUGAGCACAGUGACCUGCCUGAGGCCUGCAGCAUCAUCACUGUCCUGGAGGAGUUCCUCAAGGAACAAUCCCAGGCCCAGGCCUGAUUCUAUUAAAACAUGUAUAUCAGGGUUGUGGAGCCUGGAAACGUUCUCUGUAACUGCUGAGGCGGUCUCCUCUUAAAGCCACAAAACAGAUAACUUAGUACUGUCCUCAACCUAGCACUACAUCUUAAGUCAGACAUCAGUUAUUUGUCAACAAUUUCACAGUGAAGAUAUGUAGAAUCGACCAACUUCUGAAUGACAUUUUCAGAAUUUAGAUAUAAAUUAUUAACCAUAUCCUCUUCUGGUACUACUGCCUCUCAGCUGGAAGAGUGAUAAUCAGAUAUGGAACAUGUACUGUAAUAGACUUACAUUAAGCUUCCCUCAACAAAUGUCACUAAUAAUAGUUUAUUUACUCUGUAACAUCACUGCACUGGUCUUAAUAAUUAAGGUUAGUUGUGAAGGGGUGAAGAAAAAGAAAAAACUCAAGUGAAUUCAAAUGAAAAGAAAUAGUGUGCAUGUCAGUUUAGAUCUAUUUCUAGAGUGGCACUUUACCAGUCAUUUCCUUUUUAGCAAUUUUUGUGCUGCAUGAGUGUAACAAUACUAUGAACCAAAUAUUAUUUGUAGUGUUUUGCUAACUGACAAUGAUCACACCACAGAACUGAUCCAAGCGAAAGCUUCCGCUCAUUGGAGUGUAAUUAUCUGUUGCUUGUUUGAUGUCCAGAUAUUUUUUUUAUUGUUUUGUAUUAUAUUUGAUUGUACUCUUUUCUUUUGAGAAGAAUCAUAUUGAGAAUGCACAAAUCACUUUUAUGCAUUACUUGUUACAUAGGCCUUCUUUUUGCUUAGACCCCAUACCUGCACUACUAUGUUAUUUUUGUCUAAUGAACACUGCUACUGUAUGUUUGUAUGUCUAUCCAGUGAUAUUCAAGUCAGUUUAAUCCUUCUCUGGGAAUGUAGUGUUGUAGAAAUAACUGAGAUUUUUGGAUAUCAUUUUCUGUUUACAGAAAUCUUCCCAGCUGUCACCAGCUGAAGACUUGAUGAGAGAAAACUAAACGGGCACAAUGUGGCCAGUCACUCACUACAUGUAGGGAGCAUUUGUUUAGUCUAAAAGUUCUAAAACAUGAACACCCCUUAAGAGAAGAAAUAAAGAGUGAAAGUAGAUGAUAUAUAAAAGUGCUCACAGUAAAUGUUGGUAUGCUUUCAUUUUAUUUUCCUUUCAUCAUGUACCUUAUAUGCUAUUAAACCCAUAAAGGGUUUUAGAACCAAGCUUACACCAUUCCUAUUCAAACCAAUCCAAAGUGUGUAAUACAGCAAUAUCAAUGUUGGUGGUGUACACUUUCAAACUGUGAAGCAGGUGACAUGUAAAUGAGUCGUUUUACUGUUUUUAAUUAUAGUGUGACUCGCUACAGCGCGUGAUGUGUAGACAUUUCUGUACAGUGUAUUCUGCAGUUAUAAAUGUCUAUGUGGUACUCGGUCUUGUAUAGAAGGAGCUGAAUUAAAUACCACAGUUGAACCUC